GUCUUGGUUGGGAACAAAGGCGGUUCACAUCUUGGGCUCGAUUAAGUGUGUCGCUAGUCAAUUAGUUUUCAUUGAUUUGUUCAGUUUCAUUGAAAGUGAUGGAAAUGAUGGACAACCAUUCGGAUGUUGACCCUGAAGCAACUAAAGAACCGUUGAAACGUGGCGUUGAUAUCAACUAUGGCAUAGACGAUUCUCCACCAUGGUAUCUGAGCAUCUUUAUGGCACUGCAGCACUAUCUCACAAUGAUUGGAGCGAUCGUAUCGAUUCCGUUUAUCCUAACACCCGCGCUGUGCAUGGAGGAUGAAGACCCUUCGCGUGGAAUCAUUAUUUCAACCAUGAUCUUCGUCACCGGUCUGGUAACAUACAUCCAAGCCACGUGGGGUUGUCGGUUGCCGAUCGUACAAGGUGGUACGAUCUCUUUCCUAGUACCAACUCUGGCGAUCCUCAAUCUACCCCAAUGGAAGUGCCCUAGCAAGGACGUUAUAGCAGCCCUAGACCCAGAUGCCAAAACGGAACUGUGGCAAGUAAGGAUGCGUGAACUGUCCGGCGCGAUCGCCGUAUCAGCGCUGUUCCAAGUCUUCAUCGGAUACACCGGAUUGGUUGGCAAGCUCCUCAAGAUCAUAACUCCGCUGACCAUAGUCCCAACGGUAUCGCUGGUCGGACUUACCCUGUUUUCACACGCCAGCGAAACCGCGUCCAAACACUGGGGCAUAGCCGUUGGAACCAUCUUUCUGAUGACCUUGUUCUCGCAAGCAAUGACUGGCGUGAACGUGCCAACACUCAAGUAUCGCAAAGGACACGGUCUCAAGAUCGGCUGGUUUCCACUGUUCAAACUCUUCCCCGUACUCCUGACCAUCGUGAUCAUGUGGUCUCUCUGUGCCAUCCUUACGGCCACCGGAGUAUUUCCGGAAGGACAUCCGGCUCGAACCGACGUACGAAUUCGCGUUCUUCAAGAUGCCUCCUGGUUCCGCGUACCCUACCCCGGUCAGUUCGGAAUACCGACCGUAACGCUGGCCGGAGUUCUGGGCAUGCUUGCCGGUGUCCUCGCAUGCACAGUCGAAUCGAUAAGCUACUAUCCAACGGUUUCGCAAAUGUGCGGAGCGCCACCACCUCCUCUGCACGCGAUCAAUCGGGGCAUCGGAACCGAAGGUCUCGGGACGGUCCUAGCCGGUCUGUGGGGAUCCGGAAAUGGAACCAACACGUUUGGAGAAAAUGUCGGCGCAAUCGGUGUCACCAAGGUCGGCAGUCGCCGGGUCAUCCAGUGGGCCGCCCUGAUCAUGAUCUUGCAAGGAGUUUUGAACAAGUUUGGGGCGGCGUUCAUCCUCAUCCCAGAUCCGGUUGUUGGCGGUAUUUUUUGUGUCAUGUUUGGAAUGAUUGCCGCGUUCGGACUGUCCGCCCUACAGUACGUAGAUCUACGUUCAGCGAGGAAUCUCUACAUUCUCGGGCUGUCGAUCUUCUUCCCGCUGGUGCUCUGCCUGUGGCUCAAGGAUCAUCCUGACUUUAUUCAAACCGGAAAUGAAACGUUGGAUUCCACGUUGUCAGUCCUGUUGGGGACGAGCAUUCUUGUUGGAGGUUGUUUGGGAUGCGUUCUGGACAAUCUGAUACCCGGAACGGCGGAAGAGCGAGGAUUGGUGGCGUGGAGUAAGGAGAUGGCCCUUGAAGUGGACUCGGAUGAGACGAUUGAAAGCAACACGUUUGACUUUCCGUAUGGAAUGUCGCUUUUGAGGAGGUGGAGAUGGACCAGACAUAUACCAUUUCUCCCAACUUACAAAAUGAAAUUGUAGAACAUUUUGUAACUAUUGAUCCGUUGGGACAUUGAGCACGCAAUGCAUUUUCAAAACAGUCUUUGCUUUCAAAUAAUAAAACCAUAC